AUGGCAGAAACAACAACAAAAACCCCAUCCGGUUCUGUGCCUGUGUCGGACCAAGACCAGACUACCCAAUAUCAGUGGGAGUCUGGGCCACAAGACAUACUCCCGAGCGCCUGGGAUGAGUCGGUACUCAAUAAUGUGCUCGGAAACGACAAUAUGAGUCUGAAAGAGCAGGAGCACAUAUGGACCGUCAAGCCGCCCACCUCAAACGAGUUCCUCCUCCCAGGGAGCCCAAAGUUGAACAAAGCCCAAGUAGUUCGUGGGCCAACGGCCCGGACACCGUCACCGCUGCUGUCCCACCAGCCGGUGUGCUUCAACUCGGAGGAGGAAGAGUACGGGUAUUACAUAGCCUCCGAAGACCAUUUACAGCUUGAAGAUGGCUUUCUCUUGUCGCAGCUUGGCGACGGCCGAGACCCGUCUGUGGCUCAACAAGCAACUAUGAGAUACUUGCCUGACCGGUACAGUGAGGGUGGUGCUGGAAGGGAUAGGCCACACAAUGGUGGAGAAACAUCAUUUAGAGGCUCACUGGAGUUUUUCUCCGCUUCAUUUUUCGAAAGUUGGGAUAUUGGGAUUCAGAAGAGUGUUGAGACAACCGGUUGCGGCAGGGAAACGUCGGGGCAGACAGGGAGAUGA